AUGUACAGCAAUCAUAAUUUAAAUUCGGAUGACUGUUGCUUCGAUUGGAAUGAAGAGAAGGCCGCAGAACUACAGCGUACAGGUGUUUCUUUUGACCGGAGUUUAACACCUCAAUCUUUAAGAACAUCUACACGUAGACUAUCAGAAGAGAACAAACAACAAAGUGGCACUAUGCACAUUGACACUUCCCCUUCUGUGGUUUCAGAUAUAAUAUCAAGUAGACGAGAUCGUUCACAGGAUUUUUUUGGGCCUCAUUCUUCAUCCCCUAUUGCCCCUUCAGAACGACAACGAGCGGAUCAGAGAUCACGGUUGGAGUCCAUGAGAUUAACUAGACGUCGAGACAAAAUGACCAAAGUACGCGGUGGCCUAGAAAAGAUGGAAGAAAUGAUCAUGCAAGGUGAACACCUUAGAGAAAUGCAAAGGCUAAAGCAGGAAGCACAAAAGAACGCUCUACCCUCUGACAUGGCUGAAUAUAUGGAAUGGCAAAACAACGAGGAUUUGGAAGACGAUGAGUUGCUUGCCUUUAUUGAAAAACAGGAAACUUAUAAAAAUGAAUUAGAACACUUUUUGAACAAUGCUAAUAAAAAUGUUUAUGAGAACAACUCGUAUCCGAACUCUCAUACGUGA